AUGACUCUGUACAGGGAUGAAUCCUACACUUCCAGUUACUCUGAUCUGGUAGAGCUGGGAAUUGAAGACACUCUUUUCUUCCAGGUGGCCCUGCAGACCAACAGCUCCUUUGCCUCAGAUGUGCUGCUGCAGGUGGAGUCCUGCUGGGCCACUGAGAGCCCCAACCCAGGAGAUGCCAUCCAAGCUACUUUCCUUCAAGAGGGCUGCCCUCUUGAUGACACGUUCCGCUGGCUCUCUGUUAAUGGUGAAGCACAGAGAAGCAGGUUUUCCGUCCAGAUGUUCCACAUGCCAUUAGGGUUACCCCUGUAUUUCCACUGCUUGACCAACAUCUGUGGGCAUGAUGAAGUCUGCACAAAGAACUGCAGCAGCCAGCGGCGCCUCAAAAGGUUGGUCAGCCAGAUGGACGGAAAAGAGAAACAAGCAGCUGUGGUGUCAGCUGGCCCGCUGACCGUCAGCACGAGGGUGAAGUCGAUCCAUCCCGAUUCCUUUGAGGCAGUACUGAAGUACUACAAUCAGCUACGGCUGGAAUAA